AUGUCAAAACGAGCCGCCGAUGCCGAGCCUGAAUCCAGCACUGCUGCAGUUGCUGUUCGAGCAAAACGCGCCCGAUCGUCUCAAAAGGAAGGUCAUGUAGAGGACUGCACCGAUCCAGAAUGCCAAGGGUGCGAUGUCGGGGAGAUUGAGAUCACAUUUGUGCGCAAAGACGAGCAUGGUCACGAACAAACAGCAACACCGAGCGCACAGGAACUUUUGGAUAUGGCCAUUGCUGAAGCAUCACAUAGCAGCAAACAACGGGAUGAUCAUCUUGUACGACGCCUGUUUGAUUUGGCAUUGGAACAGUAUCAAGAAAAGGAAGCGGAUAAUCGAGUCGGUUAUGCAACAUGUCUCAUUGAACUUGGACGUGCCAUUCAUGUGGAAGAAAGCUUACGAGAAGGUCUUGACAUCUUGCGUGGUCUCAACAAGAAGCAAUCAUUGGAUGAUGAUGAACAGCAAUUGUUAUUGGCACGUGCAGCGAUGGAUCUUGCUAUUUUCAUUCGAAAGCGACAAAACGCCUUAUAUGAAGAGUUGCUGGAUUCAGAAGAUGAGGAUGAAGAACCUAGUCAAGAGUUGCUCAGCAAACAAAAAGUAAGCAGGGAGGAAAUCAAGCUAUGCAAGGAAGCUUUGGAUGCCAUUGACAAGGUGCUACCUUCUUUGGAUAAAACGCCUACCAAAGCUGUCCGCUCAACACUGGAGAAUCUACACGCAUACGCUCAGCUUUUGGAUCAGCCCUUUCAUUUUGAACACAUCUCACUUGUCCUUGAUGCCCUUGUACGCUACAUUCAACACUUUACAUAUCAAGAAGACCCAGAAUCUCAAGCAUUAUGGGCUGCCAGUUUAUUACAUAAGCAAAAGUUUAUCCAAGAUACUGGAAAGCAGCAGGAUCUAUGCAACGAGAUUGAAAAGUUGAUUUCUACAGCCAACAAGAUCUACAAGGAACAGAAUAAACAAGAAUACGCACGUGGCAUGGAGCUGCUCGGCAUGCUUCAAUUGACCCAAUCCAAUUUGCUUGAGGAUGAAGAUGCUGUUUUGGAAAAGUAUGACGAGGCAAUUGCAUCAUUCAAGAGAGCGUUGGAAUUGAAUCCAGACAAUCAAGAUCUUCAAGACAUGGUCAACAUGCUUAAUGGAGAAGAAGAAGAAGAGGAAUAG